AUGAUUCUUUUCUUUUUAUCUUUAGCAAGGGCUGAUGACUUUUACAGUGGCCACUUAUUUGUAGUCACAGCCACUAAAGAUAACGCUGAGGAACGCCUCAAUGAUCUUGCCAAGUCUUGGUUUAAGAGAGUUCCAGAAGUUCAUAUUUAUAUUGAUGAAAUUUCAUAUCAAUUAGCCGACAGAUUAACAAAAGAAAACCCUCGAUGCAAAAUGAUAUUCCACCAGAUGCCUGAAUCGUCUCCAUUCCUAAUUGGUUCUGGAUAUGAUUCACCAUUAUCACGAAGCCGCAUUAGAAACUUAUUUGUUCUCAAAGAUAUAUACGAAAAAUAUAAGAGUAAGAGAUGGUUUGUUAUUCUUGAAGACCAAUCUUAUCUAGUUCCUUCAAAAUACGCUUAUACCUUUAACUGGAAAGAUAGCAACAAACCCGAAAUUUGGGGCCAUUCAACAUACUUCUUUGAUUCGAAUUACAGAUUUUUCGAUAAAGACCAGACAAGACUUUUUUAUGAUGUUCAUGGCGGUGUAACAAUCUCAAUUAAGCUUCUUGAAAUGAUGUACAACAAUAUCGAUACAAUUGCGAAUAUGUACGCAUCACCUUUGAUCGAAGAAGAGAUCAAACUUUCGGCUUUAGCAAGUUAUUCUUAUUCAGAAUUUUACAAAGAGGUUCCAUAUCAUAUGUCUUGGAUUUUCUGUCCAUCGGAUAUGGAGCAAAUCCAAAGAGAAAGACCUAACAUUGGUCGCGAUGUUAUUUCUUUUGCAAAUAUGGGCAAAAAAUUAACAACACUCUACAAUGGAAAUGUCGCAGAGUGGUCAGACAGAGAAGGAAAACCAUUACAAGCAGGUUUCGAUAAAUACGUUGGCCAACAAUUAACAAUGACUUAUCCAGAACCAGGUGCUUAUAUUAAAUUUACAUUCGGAUACUCAAUAGAAGCUUUAGGAGUUAGAAAUUAUAAUACUGGCCCAAUAAAACCAGUUUUCGAUGAUAUGGAUGAAAAAAAUCCUUCUUUUUACACACAGAAUUUCGAAAACUUUAAUGUUACUUAUGAAUGCGAUGAUUCACUUGAAGAUGGUGAACUUGUUUCUAAUGGAGAUCAUCCAUUUAAUACAGAAACAAUUGUUGUUUCAAUUAAAUGUCCAAACCCUUCAGACACCAUGUUCUAUAAAGAAAACCAAACCCCAACCAUCCUUAAUGUUACAACAAAUUGGUUAUAA